AUGAUAUCAUUAUCAGAAAAAAGAAAAUUAAAAGGAAAAAACAAAGAUGAGAGAAAUGAAGAAAACAGCAUGUCAUUUUCACAAGAUUCACCAUCCUCUUCACAGGAUUCAUCAUCCUCUUCCUCUAUAACCAAU